CAGCCUGGCUCGGCCGCCAGCACUAAAGAUGGAGAGGCGCCGGGGCCUCGCAGGGGAGGGGGCUCGGCGUUGACGUGGGACGCGGCGGAGGCGCCGCAGCCGGUGGUGAUUUGCUAACCUAGCGGCAGAGAGGAGUUAAGGGUGAUGAGAGCGGGUACUGCGAACUGCCGGGCGAUGCCGCCGCUGCCGCUGUGAGAUCCGGAGCAACAGUUCCUCAGCAACACCCCUUCCCCGAUCCAGGCACACCCCUCACCCCCUAGGCACGCACACCCACCCCAAGCUUCAGGCUCGGCAAGCGUCCCUUCCGCUAGCCCAGGAAGCCUACCCCGCCCCACCACGCAGAGCAAAGAAGGAAAGAGAGCCCCAUGCCUGAGCCAAGGGGAGCAUCAUGGAUCUGACAAAGAUGGGCAUGAUCCAGCUGCAGAACCCUAGCCACCCUACGGGGCUGCUGUGCAAGGCCAAUCAGAUGCGACUGGCCGGGACUCUGUGCGAUGUGGUCAUCAUGGUGGACAGCCAGGAGUUCCAUGCCCACCGCACAGUGCUGGCCUGCACCAGCAAGAUGUUUGAGAUUCUCUUCCACCGAAACAGCCAGCACUACACUCUGGACUUCCUCUCGCCAAAGACCUUCCAGCAGAUUCUGGAGUAUGCCUACACGGCCACGCUGCAAGCCAAGGCAGAGGACCUUGAUGACCUGCUCUAUGCAGCCGAGAUCCUGGAAAUUGAGUACCUGGAGGAACAGUGCCUGAAGAUCCUGGAGACCAUCCAGGCAUCCGAUGACAAUGACACAGAGGCCACCAUGGCAGAUGGCGGGGGUGAAGAAGAAGAGGACCGCAAGGCUCGAUACCUCAAGAACAUCUUCAUCUCGAAGCAUUCCAGCGAGGAGAGUGGGUAUUCCAGCGUGGCUGGACAGAGCCUCCCCGGGCCCAUGGUGGACCAGAGCCCUUCGGUCUCCACCUCUUUUGGGCUUUCAGCCAUGAGUCCUACCAAGGCAGCAGUGGACAGUCUGAUGACCAUAGGACAGUCUCUCCUGCAAGGAACUCUUCAGCCACCUGCAGGGCCCGAGGAGCCCACACUGGUGGGGGGCGGGCGGCACUCUGCGGUGGCGGAGGUGAAGACAGAGAUGAUGCAGGUAGAUGAAGUCCCUGGCCAGGACAGCCCUGGGGCAGCUGAGUCCAGCAUCUCAGGAGGGUUAGGGGACAAGCUUGAAGAAAGGAGCAAAGAGGGGCCUGGGACUCCCACUAGGAGCAGUGUCAUCACCAGCGCCAGGGAGCUUCAUUACGGGCGAGAAGAAAGUGCUGAGCAGCUUUCGCCUCCCGUUGAAACUGGUCAGGGACACCCUGGGCGACAGGAGCCCCUGGCACCCCCAGUGGAGAAGCAUUUGGGCAUCUACUCAGUGCUGCCCAACCACAAGGCCGAUGCUGUGUUGAGCAUGCCGUCCUCAGUGACCUCUGGUCUCCAUGUGCAACCUGCCCUGGCCGUCUCCAUGGACUUCAGCACCUAUGGGGGCCUGCUGCCUCAGGGCUUCAUCCAGAGGGAGCUGUUCAGCAAGCUGGGUGAGCUGGCUGUAGGCAUGAAGGCCGAGAGCCGUCCUCUGGGGGAGCAGUGCAGCGUGUGUGGGGUCGAGCUUCCAGACAACGAGGCCGUGGAGCAGCACAGGAAACUGCACAGCGGGAUGAAGACGUACGGGUGUGAGCUCUGCGGAAAACGGUUCCUGGAUAGUUUGCGACUGAGAAUGCAUUUACUGGCUCAUUCAGCGGGUGCCAAAGCCUUUGUGUGUGAUCAGUGUGGUGCCCAGUUCUCAAAGGAGGAUGCUCUGGAGACACACAGACAGACCCAUACUGGCACGGACAUGGCUGUUUUCUGUCUCCUGUGUGGGAAGCGCUUCCAGGCCCAGAGCGCGCUCCAGCAGCACAUGGAGGUCCACGCGGGCGUGCGCAGCUAUAUCUGCAGCGAAUGCAACCGCACCUUUCCCAGCCACACAGCUCUCAAGCGCCACCUUCGCUCACACACAGGUGACCACCCGUAUGAGUGUGAGUUCUGUGGCAGCUGCUUCCGGGAUGAGAGCACACUCAAGAGCCACAAGCGCAUCCACACCGGGGAGAAGCCCUAUGAGUGCAAUGGCUGUGGCAAGAAAUUCAGCCUCAAGCACCAGCUGGAAACGCACUACAGGGUUCACACAGGUGAGAAGCCCUUCGAGUGCAAACUCUGCCACCAGCGCUCCCGAGACUACUCGGCCAUGAUCAAGCACCUGAGAACGCACAACGGCGCCUCACCCUAUCAGUGCACCAUCUGCACAGAGUACUGCCCCAGCCUCUCUUCCAUGCAGAAGCACAUGAAAGGCCACAAGCCGGAGGAGAUCCCCCCAGACUGGAGGAUAGAGAAGACGUACCUCUACCUGUGUUAUGUGUGAAGCAGGGACCCCCCACAUAAGAUAGAGAAAUGGCGGGAGCCCGCAAAGAUGAGCUAGAGCAAGAUAAAGUGGAAAGACUGUGCAGAGAAAAGAGGGGGGAAUAGAAAAGAGAGAGAGAGAGAGAGAAGGAGAAGGAAACUAAGUAGUUACUUGGCCUUGGAUUCCUUCUGGGAUUCUAGGCCAUCUGGCUGUCAUACCGCUGCCCCUUCCUUGGGGUUUCUACCCAACUUGGUUCUCUUGGGUGGGUGGGGUGGUUUUGCUCAUUCACACAGUGGCAUAUUUUUCUCCUCUCCGCAACCUAGACCUUCCUUUUUUUGUCCAGAUAUGGAGCCCAAAAAGCAAGUGCGAGGUCCUCGGGUCAGAGCCACUGCCUCUGCCCUCACUCCUUCCUUCCCCUCCUCGGAAGAGGGCAGGAAGGAAGCAGAGAGGGCCACUGGAGGCCGUGAGAGGUGGUGUCUCUGGUUGACUGCCGCUCAGAGUGGUGGCUCUGGAAGACUGGGGGCAGACUGGGAAGAGAAAGGGCUUCCUCCUCUGCCCAGCCCUGCCUGCUGCCCCUCAUGGUCUCCAAGAGCCCCAUGGCUCACCUCACCCUUCAGCUCCUUGCACCUGCUUGAUGGCUGUCCUCUGGUCACAAGGGGCUCACUCCCUGUGUGGAUCUGGGCUGUGUCUUCCUUAGGUCCCUCCUGGGGAAACCUGUGUCAGAUUCCAAAACCCCUUCCUUCUUUCCCUUAGCUUUCAGAGAACACAGAACAAAAUAAAUCCGCACUGAACCCCAGCCAAACCCCCUCAUGUGCAAGAUCCCUGCUGACCUGCUUUCUGCUUGCAAAAAGGAAACAAAACAAAAACCAACUAAAUAUAUUCCAUCCCACCAUCCAAACAAGCACACAUCACGGCAACCCCACUUUGGCCCCUAGGAGAAGGAAUGCCAUCAUCCUAUUGAAAGGUCCCAUUGCCAGGAGAAGGAGUGGAUACUCUCCUGCAGGUGAACUUUACCUGCCAGAGGGAGGGAAUGGAUGUCCUGACAGAACAUGGUGGGAGGACUAGCCACCGGGCACAGGGUGGAGGGGAGUUGCUAUCACAGUGAGGAUCUUUUAACCCCAGAUCUGGAAAUGAGCACUGAAUUCCUGGCUCGGUCCCGCAGUCUCCAGGGAGCAGGGAGGAGGAGCCGAAUGUGCUUUGGCCUCUUGUUACUUUUGCUUUUAGCACAUUGUACUUGAAUUACCUCAGUUUUUAUUUUUUGUGACCUCAUGAGCUUUUUAACCCCCUAUCUCUUUUUCCCCCCUUUGGUUGGGUGGGGAGGGUUGUUGGAGGAAUGGGGAGAGUGUGUCUUUCUGUUCCAGCAGAAGUUAAUAGUUGGCUUUGAAUCUGAUCUGGUAGAAAACCUCCCCUUCUCUGGCGGGAAGCUGUCAGAAAAAGUGGACCACUCAGGAUCUGAAUGGAAGGCCAGGAGGGCUGAGGAGGUGGUGGGAAUGGAGAGAAUGACAAUUGGGUGGGUUCUCGGGGCCCCCGUCAUGUCACGUACGGGUCAUUCUUGGCACCGUCCAGGGCUCAGACUAUCAGUGCCCAGCUUUAGGUCAGCCUGAAACACUUUAGAGGAAAGUCCCACUGGUUGUAGAAUUAUCAGGGCUGUUCAGGCUUGGUGGGGCAGAGGGUGGGCUGUUAUUAAGAUCUAUACAACCACACAGUCCCCUCCUUGUGCUGUUACCACUGCCAAAAUUGGUAUAUUUUCAUGGCUGGUAUGUAUGUGAGGAACGGACCAGCCUGGUUUUUGUUUUUUGUUUGUUUGGGUUUUUUUUUUUGGGGGGGGGGGGGGGGGUUGCUGGGUGGAGGAUUGUUUUUCUAAAAGCUACCUCUUCUGUUUGUCCAGUCUUUCGUUCCUUCUGCAGUUCAGCCUCCUCCCACCCUCCAGGCUCCCCACCUUGAAUUUUGGAAAGCACAUUUGCAGUGAUACCUUUUGCUUUGGGAUGACCCUCCCUUUCAUUUCAUGCUUACGUAUAACUGUUGCUUUCCUCCUCCUCCUCCUCCUCCUCCUCCUCCUCCUCCUCCUCCUCCUCCUCCUCCUCCUCCUCCUCCUCCUCCUCCUCCUCCUCCUCCUCCUCCUCCUCCUCCUCCUC